GCAGAUUCAUAAAAUUGAAACUAAUAUUUAACGAAAUGAGCCAUUUAAUCGAAAAUGCUGCUUUUUAACCCUGCCAUAAAGCAGUGUGCCGUAUUUCAGUUAGUGUUGUUGUGAAGAACUGCACUAUCAGAAGGAUGUGGACAUCCAAACUAAAUAUUUUGGCAUUUCUGUUAUUUUUUGUUGGACAGUAUAACACAUUUGCUCUUCAGAAUGUAACUGUCGACCUUUUCGGCACUGAAAACUACGGGACGGUGGCAGCGUUUGGGGAUUUUAACUCGGAUAAGCAGACUGACAUUUUCAUUAUCAGACAAUGGUCUGAGCUGGUGAUAUUUCUGGCUGACUCAAAACCACCUUACUUCAAGCCCAAAGUAAACAUCACUAAAGACAUUUUCCCAAGGGACACACUGAUCAGCAGUGUGGUUCCUGGAGACUAUGAUGGAGACUCUCAGAUGGAUGUCCUCCUCACAGCUCAGGUCAAGUCCAAGGACACAGUUUUUGUUUACAUCUUCUGGGGGAACAACCAAACCUUAGAUCUGGGUGGGUGGCUCAAACUGAACAAGACCUUCACAGAUCAGCCUCUUGUUAUGGAUUUCAAUGGAGACAUGAUCCCAGAUGUAUUUGGAGUCACCAAAGCAGAAUCAACUGAAGUCUGCUAUCUCAACAAAAGGAUUCCAGUGUGGCAGAAUGCACUGAGUUCAUCUGUCAAAAUGCGCAUCCCUCACUCCAACGCUUUCAUUGACCUCAACAAGGACUUCACUGCUGAUUUGUUCCUGACCACUGAUGGGUCUGCAUUUGAGACUUGGAUCAGCAAAGAUGGGAACUUUACCAGAACUGAGGUCAUGCCAGCAGAUCCACAAUUCAAGAGGGUUGGACAGUCCUCCUUUGUCGACUUUGAUGGUGAUGGCUAUCAAGACCACCUCCUCCCUGUGUGUUUGGAUGACAGAUGUCAGCGCAGUGCCGUCUACCUGGCCAAGUUCGGCUCCAAAGAGUGGAUAUCAGUGCUGUCAGAUUUCCAGCAGAGAGAUACAGUUUGGAGUUUUGUGAUGGAGAAAUCCAACCAACCCCUGGUCCUUCACUUUGGGGACUACAACCUGGAUGGCUUCCCUGAUGCCCUGGCGAUCCUCCGAAACACCAGUGACAGUGGUCAGAAGGCCUUCCUACUGGAGAACGUGCCCUGUAACAGCGACAGCUGCCAGAGUGUAGGAAGAAUGUUGCACAUCCACUGGGACCAGUCAGAUUUGGGAUCCAUCCAAAGUGCCACCAUGGCAGCGUUCUUUGACAUCUACGAGGAUGGCAUAUUAGACAUGCUGGUUUUGAGCCAGGUACAAGGCAAAAAUGACUGGACCAUCCAUGCUUUAAAGAACAACUUUGAAGCUGACGCCUACUUUGUUAAAGUGAUGGUGCUCAGCGGCCUCUGCUCCAAUGACUGCCCAGACAAUGUCAAGCCUUUUGGUGUUAACCAGCCAGGUCCCUAUGUCAUGUACACCACAGCAGACUCCAAUGGCUACCUGAAAAAUGCCUCAGCCGGACAGCUGAGCCAAUCAGCUCACUUCUCCCUCCAGCUGCCCUACACCGUGCUGGGCCUCGGACGUAGCGCCAACUUCCUGGACCAUCUUUUUGUUGGCAUCCCUCGGCAGCCUGGAGAGACGGACAUAAGGAAGCAAGAGUGGACAGCCAUCAUUCCCAACUCUCAGCUCAUUGUCAUUCCCUACCCACACAAUAAACCUCGCAGUUGGAGUGCUAAGCUGUACCUGACUCCUAGCAACAGCGUGUUGCUGACGGCCAUUGCACUGAUCGGAGUUUGCGUCUUCAUCCUCGUUAUCAUUGGCAUCUUCCACUGGCAAGAGAAGAAAGCGGACGACCGAGAGAAGAGGCAGGAAGCCCACCGUUUCCAUUUUGAUGCCAUGUGAAGGAAGGCAACUCCACCAUGAGAGAGCGUCUCCUGCUUUCCCCUCACCCACCUUUACACACACCCACUCAGUCUUAUUUUGGUGCCCAAUAAAUGGAUCCCCGUUUGCCCUAAAAUGUUUCUUUUUUAUAUUUUUCAAGUCAAAUGUGAAAUAUUUAUGUCCCAUUCCAUUUUUUCCACUCACAAGUGUAAGGCAGGGGUGGCUGUAUUCAGCAGCAUGAUCAUCAUUUGUGUUGUUACUGAGUGUUUGGACAAAAUGACUCAGAUUUCUGUUGAAACUCCCAAUGAGUUACUUCAGUAUUGUGCACUGUUGGUAUAUAUUUAUUCAUUGGAAGGGGGGGCACCUUUGGCAUGUGCUCAGAUGUGUAACUUUACUUGAAAUCCAUGUGUGUGUUCCUGUCCACUGUCUUUGCCUGGCUGAUUCAACUCUUUCUUUUUCAUUUGACUGAGAUAUUGUAAAGGAAUUCUUCAGGCUGUAUUACCUGUGAAAUUAAACUGAAUUGAAUUCUGUGAUAUCGAUCUCUGCCACGCAGCUACAGCAGCAACUGGUGCAGAGGGAACAAAAAUGGGCACAUGCAAUGAUUCUGUGGACCAUUUCUCUGCUACCAGUCUCACAUGAAAUGAUGAAUUUCUAGGUUUGCUCAGUGCAAAUUCACCUUUUACUCUCCUGAUCAUAUCACAGUGCAUGAUAGCAGUGCCAAAAUCAAGUUUCUGUGUUGCAUCCUGCAAAUGUCUAAUGCCACUGCAUCAAGGAUCAGUAAAUG